UGGAAGUCGUUGAGACGUGUCUUCUUGCUUUAUCCGAACCGAACCAUGACGAGAUCAAGUCGGUUCUGACUCGACUCUGUAAGGGAGCCAUGUCGUCCGCUUCGCUCCCGAGAAGAGAUGUCGACGGCUCCCGCUCGCCGUUCCGCAGCGAACUGAGGAAGAGCCAUGGAAGGACGAACGCGGAGGCGAUCGAGAUCGAGCGCGGAGAGGUUCCUUCAGCUACUAAAGGAACACACGGAUCAAGAAAUAAAUCCAAAAAGAUCGAAGUGCUCAGCUCAAGAUGGAAAUGGUGCCACAUCCAAGAGGACAACCCCUCCACGAUCUUUAUGAACAGCAAGACAGUCUCCAUGGCAGCUGGCGGUGGCAGGCAAGGACAACGAAAGUGCUUAUUGGGAGCUUGUUAUAAAGGACAUUCAAGAUGCUUGCAAACUUUUUUAGCCCAUCUAUGAUCAAACAGAUGGUGCAGAUGGUUCUGUAUCUGUUGAAGUCUCUCCUAGACUUCCAAAUGACACUAAUGGCACCAUUGAAGCUGCUAAAUGGUUGCACAAAAUGGUUGACCGCCCACAGCUACAGCUGAAUGUGUUUCUUCCAUUAAACAAGUUAUUUCACUUGGCAUAAGUGUUAAUGUGACAGUAAGUUGAAAUGCUUUGUGUGUUUCUCUGAUGGACUUAAACUCCUAUGUUUCAGCCUUCUUGACAUUCAGUUAUGUUCUUUAUUUACUAAUGUUAUAAAACACCAUCCUUUUAAUGGAGCUACUAAUUCUGUGGCCUAUCCAUAUGGACAAUACUGUUUUCUUAUAAUUGUUAUAGGAUUAUUCCUAUGUUUUAUUAACUACAGUUUGUCUAGUUGUAAUCUUUUAACUGUUUUGCUUUUGAUGCACUUCUGGUUAACAUUUCUAUAAUCUGCCCAAACUUGUUCAUAGACAAGCUUCACUUCGAUUGACCCAGAUUUCAUAACUGGUUAUUUUUGUCCAUUCAUUACCUUUGAGGAUCAGUCAUGGUCUUAUAGGCCCCACCAAUAGUCUGGAUGAAUUUGUUGCUUCAUCCAAAUGUGUAAAAGAUCAUAGUCACACUUUAUCUCAAGAAGCUAGUUCUCUCAGAUUUGAUACAAUGUGCUGAACAAAAUGAAACUGUGAUCAUUUAAUUGUUCAGCAGAAACAGUUCUUGCUAUAAGCUGCAUAGUUUGGAUUUAUGAUUUGACUUCAUUGCCCAUCAUCUCAGAUUAGUUCUUGGGCUGAAAAUGUCUGACAUUAUCUACUGUUUUAUUUCUACCUGAAAAUGUCUAGUUAUCUAUUGUUUUAUUUCUUCAUGUAACCUACCAAAUGUAAGAAUCUUGGAGAGAGAGAAAAAAAUUAAUUACAACGUGAUUGAGAUAACAGCAAAUGAUUUGUUCAGUCUGGACACCUACACAAGUUAAUCUCUGACUGCCGGAAAUGGUCCUGAAAUAACAUUAACAGAAACUAGUGACCUAGCUAACACCUUGAGAAAAUUUAGACUCGAUUGAAUCUAUUUUCUAAUUCUCCGUCACAUCUGGAGAUCAGAUGACUAAGCUGCCCUUAGUUGCAUCAUCUUGCAGUGCCAAACUUGAUCUUUUAAAUGAUUAUUUUCUUAAAGUAACUAUCAAGCAUCACAUGUUUUUGACAUAUUCUGUAUGCUUUUAUAGCAUGAUAUCUCCAUUCAUAUUGUCCUUUCCUGUGCUGAUUC